AUGUCAACCGACCUCAGCGCGGCUCUCGCCGAGGCCAAGGCCCUCGUCUCAGCCCUCGAGGCUAGUGAUGGUAGCCAAGGCGAUCACUUCAAGCUCCUGAAGCAAGUCGACAAGGUCCGCUCCGCCAUCGAGCAGCCCUACGACACGGGUCUGCGAUGGCUCGAGAACAUGAGUACGGCCGCGGCGCUGUACGUCCUUCUCCGCAUCAGAGUGUUUGAAAAGAUCCCCGCCGAGGGGAGCAUCACGGCCGAGCAGCUUGCCAAGGAAGGCAAUGUCGACGUCUCUGUGAUUACCCGUGCCAUGCGAAUUCUUGUGGCGAAUGGGAUUGGCGUCGAGACAGGGCCCGAUGAAUAUGCCAGCAAUGCGCUUGCUCAGGUUUUCCAGCCUCUUGCGCUAGGUUCGUUCAUCUGCGUGUGUGUCGAUUUUAUGAAGACAUGGGGUGCCUUUCCGGACUAUGCCAAGACUCAUUCUCCCGAGGAUCUCUUCGAUAUUCGGAAGAGUCCGUUUGCCUUUGCUGCGGGCCAUGAGGGCAAGACCUACUAUGAGGUGCUCGACCUUGACCCUGAACAAAGGAAUUGGUGGAACCAUACCCUCCAAAACAUGGAAAGCAACUUCCCCAUCCUCGACAUGUUCCCCUUCGACUCUCUGAAGGAGCAGGUUGAAAAGGAGCCUGAGCGACCCUUUAUUGUUGACGUUGGUGGCGGUAGAGGACAGGCUCUCCGUGCCAUUAAGAAUCAUUUGGGGGGUUCUUAUGGAAGUAAACUCAUUCUACAGGAUCUGCCCAUCGUCAUUGAUAGUCUAAAACCCGAGGAUAUCCCCGAUAUCGAGCCCAUGGCCUAUGACAUUUUUACUCCUCAGCCAGUGAAGAAUGCCCAUGUCUACUUCAUGCGCCGCCUCCUCCACGACUUUUACAACCCCGUCAGCAUCGAAAUUCUCAAAAAUACGGCAUCGGCCAUGGGUCCGGACUCACGUCUUAUCGUCAGCGACAUGCUCGUCCCCGAGCGCGUAGAAGUCGGAGGCGCCAUCGACCUCUAUUGGCUUGACUUUUCGCUGCUCUGCAUCAGCGGCAAGGAGAGGACGAUGGCGGAGUUUAAGAGGAUUUUUGAUGAGGCUGGGCUGGAGCUUGUCAAGGUAUACGAGUCGGCUGUUGGGAGGACUAUCAUGCUGGAGACUAGACUCAAGAGGGAUUGA